UCAACCUCAAACUAUCUUCUCUCUUUGCAUUUGUGUGAUUGAGAAAUUAAUGGGGGACAAAAUGACUUUGGCAAAGGCAAGACAGGAGCUCGAAGAUCUUUAUCUUGGGGUACCAGAUGAGUCUGUAAACGUUACCUUAAAAGAUUUUGCUAACUUACAACAAAAUGGAGUAGCAGAAAGAAAAACAAGCAAUUUAAAAACCAUUCAAGAAAACCCCAGUGUCAGCUUGAAAGGAGAAACGUUCAUGGCUAAAUCCCCAAGCCUUGAUUUCGCCAAAGGCUUGCAGGCAGCUAGAGAUCAACGCCAUGUUGAAGAUGAAAUUUACCGGGACCAUACAACUCCUGACAACUCCAGACGGAACAAGGCAAUGAGGAAUAUGGUGGAUAGUAGCAUGGCUUAUGAUGAUAUGAGCAUCAUGAGUAGGGCUCCAAGGAGUCCAUAUGAAGAUAGAGGAGGAAGACGGCGACCAGGGAUCCCUCACACAAAUAUUUGCACUGUCUGUAGUGAGUACAUCUACAUUUUUCGCCAUCGUUGCCUGGUAUGUGGAAGAGUCUAUUGCAGGCAAUGUGUAGGCGUAGGCAUGGGAGAAAUGCCAGAAGGAAGGAAGUGUAUUGAAUGCCUGGGAAGAAGAUUUAGCCAAAGGUACAUACAACGGGCAGGAAAGGUGGGAUGUUGCUCGCGAUAUCCAAGCAUAGUGAAGCAACAGGAGCUCAAGUGGGCGGAGAAGGGUCCGAGGAAGAGUGGCGAGAGGCGACACGGGAGGAGCGGCAUGGUGUCGCGGUCCGCAAGCCCAGUCAUACCAAGAACUCCCACCAGGGCGCACGUUAGCAGCCCCCCUUCUUUUGUCAUGGGAUCACCGUUUUCACAUCACCAUCCCCUUCCUUUCUAAGGGCAAUGGAUUUGAGACCAAAAAAAUAUAUUACAUUUUAUUUAUUUAUAUGCAAUAAACAUCACCAUAUAUUAAA